AGACUUUCCCUUUGUACAUUCCUUAAAAAAAUGGGUGUCUGCUUAUCUAAAAUCAUUCCUCUUCUCUUUGAGAAAGAGCCAGUAGGGUUGCUUAUGGUUGGUCUGGAUGGAGCAGGAAAGACCACAGUCCUCUACAAACUCAAACUUGGUGAAGUUGUCACAACCAUUCCAACUAUUGGUUUUAUUGUGGAGACAUUUAAUGUUGAGUAUAAGAACUUCUCCUUCACUGUUUGGGAUGUUGGUGCUCAGAGCAAACUUCGAAUCCUCUUGAAACAUUACUAUAAAACCUGUAGGGGUUUGAUCUUUGUGGUGGACAGCAGUGAUCAUGAGAGAAUUCAGGAGGCAGCAGAAGAACUCAACUGGAUUCUCCAGGAUGAUGAGAUGAGAGAUGUUUUUGCACUUGUACUCGCUAACAAGCAGGAUCUACCCAAAGCCAUGACAGUUCCUGAGCUGACAGACAGAUUGGGUUUAAAUGCAUUCAAAAACAGACAGUGGUUCGUUCAGCCAACAUGUGCUGUUCAAGGAUCAGGUUUAUAUGAAGGACUGGAUUGGCUCUCUGAUCAACUCUCCAAACGAUAACAAUGUGAAACUUUAUUUCUGCUGUGAAGUGACUUGAAUUAAAUCAAAUCUGAAUUAUACUUUUACUGUUACUACUGUAGUACUGUAUACUGCAUAUUGUUAAUGCCCUAUUGCAUUAUUUAUUUUCUUAUUUUU